AUGGCUAUGGCUCGACAAGGCGGCGAUUCGGGCACCGGAGGACAGAGUCAACCCAGACGGCUCACCGGCCAACCGUUGGAGACUCUGCAGCAUGCAACAAGUGGAAGAAUCUGGGCUGCCGCCAUUGUCUACUACAUUGCCAUAGUCCAACAACAAACCUACGCGGUCUUUCAGGCUCUCCAAUCAAACCGGCACCUCGGAAGGUCCAAAUUCCAAAUUCCGGCAGGCACGUACCCGGUCUUCAACAUGCUCACCUUCACCCUCUUCAUACCCCUGUACGACCGGGUCCUGGUGCCGGCUCUCCGGCGGGUAACCGGAAAACCAAGCGGCAUCACAAUUCUCCAGAGGAUGGGCAUCGGCAAUUGCCCUAUCUGUGCUCACAUCACUCGUCGCCGCCUGGUGGAGAGGCAGCGGAGAUCUCUAGUCCCGACAGGGCCGACCGCUGAAUCUAACAAGAAAGGCGUUAUUUCCGGUAUGUCCGCCAUGUGGCUAGUCCCGCAGUUCUCGCUAGCAGGGCUGGCCGAGGCAUUCACCUCCGUCGGGCAAGUGGAGUUGUACUACAAGCAGUUCCCGGAGAACAUGAGAAGCAUUGCAGGAUCGUUCUUCUUUUGUGGUAUGGCGGCGUCGAGCUACUUGAGCGGAUUCUUGGUGUCUGUGGUGCACCAUUGGACCCAAGAUGGUGGAGAUUGUUGGCGGAGGAUCUGA